AUGUCUCAUUCUCCUGAAAGUGCAAUAGUUCAUGAAAAUAUUGCGAAUGGUGGUACUGAAUUAGAAAAGAAAUUACUCAACUUGAAGCCUCCUUUUAAUGAUAUUGACGAUGUUUAUUUAUCCUCAAAUUUCAACGAAUUAGAUCGUAGCUCACAUGUUUCAGUGGUUAUGUCGGAACGAGUUCAGUGUAUAGCUUCUGGUAUAUACAAAGAGUUUGAAACUAUGAUUGAGGCUUAUGGAUUACCCGUUGUUGAACGUUUAAUGCCAUUAAUAAUUAGUCUACUAGAAAAUUUGGAUGACCUAUAUAAAGAUCAAUCUGCAUACCACGCUGAAGUCAGACAAUUACGUGAAGAGAAUGAGCAUAUUUAUGAUCAACUCACUGCUGAAAAGGCUGCUCGAAAACAGUCCGAAAUGCGUUUACUAAAUGCAGAGGAUGCUUUUGAUGAAGAGAGAAAGGUGAAUGAGGCAAAAAAUGAGUCGUUAUCCACAUCUUGUCGGCAAACGGAAUUGAGACUUCAGUUGGCUAAAGACCAAGUUUCACGUUUAGAGGUAAAAGAACAAGAAUGGAAAAAAGAAGAGAAUCGUCUACAUGAACAUCUAAAUGAAUUAAUACGUUCUAAUGUUGAAUUAACUGAACAAAUCAAAUUUAUUAAUCAUAAUAACAAUAGUCAAGAACAAUCAAGAAAUACAUUGAAUAAUUCUAUUCAGAGAAAUUCACCACGUAAAUUAUCAAUGAAUUCAUCUAAGUAUAAUUUAACUGGAUCAACUAAUCAUGAUCAAGGCUCAACAAUAAAUGGAUCAUCUACAGUUCAUUCCAAUUCACUUGGUGUUGGCUAUGAUACUACUGGCGGUGGAUUUGAGUUUGAUGAACUCCCAAAUACUCUGGAGUCGGAAGGUGGUGGUCUAAAUGUCGACGAUGAUCUACCUGCUGGUAUGCGUAAAGAGAUUGAUGUGUUGAUCAAAGAGAAUAUGGAACUUGUUGAAAUGAAAAAUGCUCUCAAUGUUGUGAAAGACGACCUACUAGCCAGAAUUGACCAUUUAACAUCUGAGAAUAUAUCAUUACGUGAAUCAGUAGAUAUGUUAACUGAUUCACGUAUUCGUUUACAAAGUGAAUUAACUAAUACUGAUCAAUUAUUAAAUGAUGCACGUUCAGAAUUAAGUCAAUUAACUGAAAAAUUAUCAUUAUAUCAAGAUAAAACAAAUGUAGAAUCAACUAAUUCCGCUCAAGUUAAACGUUUUACACGAUCCGAAAUGGCACGUAUUCUAGCUGAACGUAAUCAUUAUAAAGAACGUUUAUUAGAAUUACAAGAUGCUGUACGUUUUACAGAAACUUUACGUGUCAGUCAAAAAGGACAUCGUGAACUAUUCAUGACUAAAACACCGACAAUACAACAAUAUAAAUUUGAUUCAAAUAGUCCAGUUAGUGGUCCAUUACAAAGUCUGCAAAAGUUUUACAAAAAACUUCAAGAAAAACGUCUUCAAUUGAAGACAACACCUAUUUGGGAUCUCUUCUCAUCAUUUACUUCUGGUCAACGUUCUGAAAAUUCAAAUGAAUUAAUUCACAAUGUUGGAAAUGAGUUGUCAAUUCACGGGACAGAUAAUUCCCUAUCAUGGAUUACAUUGUCAACAACAUGUGCUAAUUCCCCAAUUUACGGUUGGGCAACUGGAAAACAAUCGGACCGUAAAUUCAGUUGUAAUAAUAAUAACAAUAAUAAUGGUGAUGUUAUUCAAAGUAACAAUGAUUCUGUUGAUGAUAAUGCACAUUCUAAUGUACCAGUCCCCAUUCAAUGUAGAACAAUUGGUGGUUUGCAUAAAAAAAACUUAGAGAUAUGUACAGCACUUACUGUUCCAAUCGCAUCCUUGGAUUGUAAUUCCAAACCUAAAUAUCAUCUAUGGCUGAUUGGUCGUGGUGGUUCAGGAGAUUAUUCAAAUUCCAACGAUUCUUCAUUAUCAGUAAAUCGUGGUUAUCUUGGACAAGUGCACAUAUUUGAACCAACGAAAUUCACUCAACCUAUUAAUAGUUUUGAUUUAGAUAAUGGUUUCUUGCCGACAGCAGCUGUUUAUGUAAAAUACAAUGAAGCUGCAUCAACUGAUCCAUCCUCAAUUGAAUUAACCUCGAAUCAUGAAUACACUGAAUUUACAUGGGAUAUCAAUGAAUCUUAUGAUAAUAAUAGUAGUAGUAAUAUGAAUGAGACAAUUUGUAAUAAGAAUAAUGAUGGUUGCGUAAUUUUAGCGUCAAAUGAUGGACGAUUUCUAGUUUAUAGAUUAUGUUAUAGCACGAAGUCAACCAGUUCGUCUGAUGUGGCCGGAAAUAAUGACAAUAAUAAUAGUAAUUAUAGUGAGCAAAUUGUUUCAAGUCAUUUCAAUGUUGUUGGCUUACCACAAUUAAUAUAUCGAUUUAAAACAAAUAGUCAAGGUUUAGUGGCUAAUGGGAUGAUUUCACGUGAUAAUUAUGUGUGUAUUGGUCUAUUCAAUUCACUUGGUACAACUCAUAUUGUUUGCUUUCAAUGGCCAUUAACAUUUAUGCAAAAUCAACAUAAUCAUACCGUAAAUACAUCAUCUUCAAUGAUUACUUCUACAUCCAAAAAAAUACAAACAAAACAUAAACUCAUUAAUUUACCGUAUGAAUCUUUAUCAACUGGUCCGUUAAUUAUGGCUUCUUCGUUUUCAUCCUCCACUUUGUCUUCUUCUAAUCCUUGUUCUACUGUGAAUGAGAAUAAUAUUUCUUCAAUAAAUGACUAUAUUUGGCUUGGUACAGCUGGUGGUGGUCAUUGUUAUUGUUUAGCCGUCCAAUCUGGUGAUUUUAUAACAAGUUUAGCAUUACCAAAUGAAACUCCAUGUCUACAUGCAAUAUGCAUUAAACCGUCUACAACAGGAUUGGCCGACAUUGUUUGGUUAGCUGUAUCUGGCAAUCCUACAAUUUGUGCAUCAUGUGAGAAAAUUUCAACAUCUACAACCGAUAGUAAUCGUAGUAAUAUUGAUAAUAAAGACAUUGAUGAUGAUGUUAUCGUUAAUCAGAAAAAGUGUCAACAUAAUGUAAAUAGUGGAGUAAGUGUUGGAAUGGCACGUCUAUUAGGAUGUUGUCCUAAACAAAAGUGUAUUCUACGUCAAAUUGAUUUAACCAAUUCAUUGUCUUCAAUGUUAGAUAUGGAAAAUGUUACAGAUCCGAUUGAUUUAACUAUAUGUCGUCUACUUAUUAUACCACUGACUAGUGAUCAUGAAAUAUGGUUUGCUACUCGUUCUGGUCUUAUUGCUCGUUUACGUUUGGAUUACUCCAAGUAUAAACAUUCAUCAAAUGAGGUUGAAUUGUCCAAAACUUCUUCAAUAACAAUCAGUUGUCAUGGUUAUCGACGUCCUGUAUGCAAUUUACUAUUAAUUCAUCAAAUUUGUCAAAAAGCGAUUAACAACGAAGACUUGAGUUAUUUAAUUGUAUCAGUUGGACAUGAUUAUGUAGAUCUGAGACAAUUUCAAGAACAAUAUGAACAGAAAGAUGAACAACAAACUCAUCUUCCAGUUGAUCAAAUUUCUAGCAUGAGGAUUCAUGUUAAUCGUUCACGUCAAAUGGGUUCAGGUGCUCAUGCUAUUGUUUGGAGACUAACCGAUUUAUCCCAUUAAAUUAUCUAAAUAAUCAUUGUUCAGAACAACAUAUAUAAGCGAACAAUAUUGGUGUCGAUUAGAUCUUCAUCAGGCUUUACUCUAAUAUACAGUAAUGUAUUUAUAUGCAAAUACGAAAUUAUUAAACCAAUCAAGGUAGUUUAUGAGUCAAUGAUAAUAAUGGAAUAGAUUACAUAAUAAGUGAAAAGUAUAAAUUGAUAGUGUGAUAACAAGUGCACCGGUUAUCAUAAACUAACUUGAUUGUUUUAAUAAUUUCAUAUAUGCAUAUAAAUACAUUACUGUAUAUUAGAAGUAAAGCCUGAUGAGGAUCUAAUCGAAAACAAUAUUGUUCGCUUAUAUAUGUUGUUCUAAAUUUACAAUAUGGGAAUAUUUCAAAUUAUCAUUGUUCUCAAUUAAUCUUGAUCAAAACACUUUCUUUAUUUCUCAGCUUUAUACUACUUAAAAAACUAAAAAGUAGUUCAACGUACUUUAUGGGAUAAUUUCUCGUAACAACAAUAUAAUUG